UCUGCAUCUGCCAGACCCUUAAACGCCGAGUCAAACUGAAGGAGGAGAAGUAGAUUGAACAGAGAUAGUGAGUGAAAUCAAUCACAAUGCCGAUCGCGUCGAGCUCCCCAUCAUCUUCAGCUCAUGCCGCCUCGAUCUUCCGGCGGCCGCGAUCCCUUUAUCUCCCGGCGACGGCUCUGCCGCGAUCUUUUUUACCUCCGCCGCCGCCGCCGGGGAUCAAGAGAUCCCUCUCAUACAAGCCCACGCUGACCGCCGAUUUAUCUCCGGAGGCCAUGGUAGCCGCUGGGAAGAUUGGGGUAAGAAUCCGCGUCAAGGCGCCGGUCAAGGUCUGCCACGUUGCGAAGGCACCGGGGGUUGAAUUGCAAGGGAUGGAGGGGGUGAUCAAGCAGUAUGUUGGUUUGUACAAGGGCAAACGUAUAUCUGCCACUCUCCCCUUCAAGAUCGAGUUCAUAUGGCCUGUCCAUGGGCACGAGAAGCCGAUCAAGUUCUUCGCGCAUCUUAGGGAAGACGAAUUCGAGUUCUUGUAAGUUUUCUUCUCUUCCCGAUUAAGAAAUAGUUAUUGCCGCAUGGUGCGAUCUAGGAACUGCGAGGAAACCCUAGAUGUAAUUAACCGAUUGCAUUGUUUGAAAUGUAACUUGCAUUGGCUUCCAUUGUUUGAACAAUUCUUUUAUUUACACUAACAGAUAUAUUUGGUUUGAUUGUUAUCAUUGUGAUCUCGACCGAGGUUUCUGGAUGGAAGAUGAGAUGA